AUGCAGACCAAGGCUGAAGGCAGUGUGUAUGUUGGUUUCCUUGACAACGUGUCACCUGCGACAUCUCCUGACCUGGCCAUGGUACAGCAGUGUAUCAAGGAUGUGAUGCAUGUUCUGGGGGACUUCACAGCACGCAGGGAACCAGGAAGGAGCCGCUCUGAGUACAUGAGCACUCUUCUGAAGGACCUGUGUCUCUACUACAGCUACAAUGAGUACCUCAUGGAGAAACUCAUCAGCUUGUUCCCAUCAGAGAUACAUGCUCAGUGUAGUGUAACCCACAUUCAAGGCGCCACCUCAGAGUACCUGGCCGGUCACUACGUGCUACAGGGGGGCUCCAGCUUCCUGCCUGUGAUGGCCCUGGCCCCACAAGAGAGUGAGAGAGUCCUCGACAUGUGCUCUGCCCCCGGGGGCAAGACCACGUAUAUAGCUGCUCUGAUGCGUAACACGGGCAUGCUGUUUGCUAACGAUGCCAACAAGGAACGUGUACAGGCGGUGGUAGGAAAUGUGCAUCGUAUGGGGAUCACCAACACAGUCAUCUCUGACGUGGACGGCAGGAGGCUGCCUGAGAUCAUGAAGGGGUUUGAUCGUGUGUUGCUGGACGCUCCCUGCAGUGGGUCAGGGGUAAUCUCCAAGGACCCAGAGGUCAAGGUCACCAAGGACGAGGCGGAUAUCUUGCGAUGUUCCCAACUGCAGAAGGAACUUCUACUGGCAGCGAUAGACUGCUGUAAUGCAAAGUCAAAGACUGGGGGCUAUGUUGUGUACUCAACCUGUUCUGUGUUGCGAUAA